CCCCCGGGUCGCUAUGACAACGCGACGCUGAGGAGAAGGAGGGGAGGCCAUGGCGGCCCGGCGGGGGAAGGGGGUCGGAGCCGCCUCAGAGCCGCGGUGAUGUGGGCACAGGGAGGUCCAUCUCCAGGGCUUGAUGUGGAAUCCCAGCUGCUCUGUGAAAAGACUCAGCCAUGGCAGGCAAAGACAAAAAACCCAAAGGUGACAAAGGCAAAAGCCCCAAAAAGCGCGCAAAGAAGGCGGCGCGGGCAGUGGAUCUCUUCAGCCCCGCUGCCAUGCUCAACGCUUACUACAUCUCCCACAACGCUGCUGCUUUCCUGCACUUCCGGGGCUACGCCUGGCCUGGCUCUCAGAAAAAGAAGGGGAAGGGGAAGAAAAAGGAAAAGAAGUGAAAACCCAAAGUGCCCGGUGAAGCCUGUGCUCAGUGGCACGUGGCAGGGGACACUGUGCCAUUGUCACUGGAGCCGUGUCCCUUCACCCUGCGUGGAAUGGAGAAUGGAGCCCCUGAGAGCUCCCCGAGCUCAGGGAGGAUUGAGAGAGUCCGUGGGAUGAUCCCGGGAAGGGACUGAGGCCUUGCCAGGGGUCCUGUUAUGCCCAGCAGAGGCGGUGAUGAGCCCCAGCCCCAGGCUGGCACUCGCUGUGACCCUGCUCAGCCCGAGCACCCUGGCUGGACAGCACAGCUCUGGCUCUGUGUCACACUCAGAGCCCUUGUGCUGCAUUUCCUCCACGGGUGUUCAACACAGCCCUGGGGACAUCACAAAGCACCACGUGGAGAGGAGCUGUGCAUCUCCCCCAGGCCUUUCCACCCCUCUGACUUCCAGGUACCUCCCUGUUCCAGCUAACAGUCAAUUAUCAUCAGCCCAAGGCAAUAAAGGCCUGGGAAUCCUGGUGCUGUUUCUCCAGCCCCAAACAUUCCCUCUCUGAGGAGGUUUUGAGCUCAGAAAAUCAUAAUUGGUGGCAUUGCUUGUCAGCCAGCUGCUGUCAUUUGUAGCUUGCUGGGUUUGUUUCACAACCCACCCUAGAAAGGCAAGGGUAAAAUUGGUGUUUGAGGGGAAAAAAAAUAUAUGUAGGGUUUAUUUUAGAGCAAAUUGGCUGCAGAGGAACACAGCCAUGGCUGUUAUUAUCCAUAGUAAUGACAAUAAGAAAGCAUAAAACUAACGCUUGAGAAAAUGUGAUAUUAGGAGAAGACAGAGAGGGAAAGGAUGAGAGGAGAAAGAUCUCACCACGCACAGGUCUCGUGAUGAGACUUGGCUGUUGCAAUCUGUGUCUGUUGGUCCCACUGAGGGUCACAGAGAGGUGAUGAGGGGAAAUCCCAAAGAAAUGGGAGAAAUGCACAGAACACAAAUCCUGUUGAGUUUCUGCUCACCCAGGCUCAGCGGGAACGUGGGGAGGUUCACCCUGGAUGAUGGAAUGUCGUGAGUCAGGGACACUUCGGGACUCUUUGACACCUUCAAAGAGAACUCAGCUCCUUUUGUGUCAGCACAGUUCAGCCUCCUGUGGCCCAUUGAGGCCGAGGGGAACACCGUGGGGUGUGAGCUGUGAAUGUCCCGAUAUUCCAGGGCAGGGCAGUUCCCCCAGCCGAGCUCCCUUGGGCAGACUAUUCUCUAUUCAGACCUGAUAAAAGGUCCCUUAUCAUUUCGUGCCCUUGCACACGUUAACUUCCCCCCGGAAUGUUUGAGCUGCAGCAUCACAGCCUCUCCUCCAAUACCCCUGUGGAUCCAUUCUUCUCCCCACACCUGGACUCAUUGGACUGUUAUAAAUGCAUAUUAUAUAAUUGGCUUUUCACAGAUAAUAAAAUGAAUAUCCCAUGUGUUACGUUGGGAAGUUAUGCUGUAUUCACACAGUUUCUUUCAGUGAUAUGGUAAAUGUAGUUUUUAGGUUAUGGAAUAAUAGUAAAAUAGAAACUAUGUUAUGUAAAGAUGCUUUUGUAAUUAGCUCAAAAAUAACCAAAGAGUUUUUUCACAGUAUUCUAGCUUGAUAAGAGAUGGCAGCAACGACUCUAAAAAAGCUCUGAAAAAAAAACUAUGGCAUAGCCCUGAGACUGAAUGGAGCCAUGAAAAGACCAGAUUUAUGGAUAGAAGGGAGAAGGGAUGGGAGGGGGGUUGAGAUUAAACAGGAACACCUAAAAUGUGAAAGGAAUGUUUGAAUCAUGUAUGUGAUGUAUGAAUAUUCAGCACACAGGUGUUUUUAGGGGAUGACUUUUGUUAAGCAGGGUGAAUCCCAUGUGAGGGUACCCCGGCACCUGUAAAAGAAUCCUUUUGUUCUUAUUGUCUCCUGAUUGUCUAGUUGUAUUUUUUUAUUAAACUUUUAAAAUUUA